AUGGCUGUUUUAUGGCUGACCCAGUUUGCCAUUGUUAUCCUAAACAUCCUUUUGGGAAUCCUGUUUGUCCUGGCAAACAAAGACUUUUGUGGGAGCGUUUUUGAAACUCGAGUCGAACAUGCCUUGGUGGGUCAUGUUAUCCGGACCACUGUUGUUGUGGACGAGUUUGAAUGCCAGUUAAAAUGUAUGGGAAAUAACAGCUGUAUGUCGAUCAAUGUUCAUCCCGGUGACAGCAAUGGAAAACGUUGCUGUGAGUUGAAUAAUACAACACGGCAGAUGAAGCCAGGUCAUUUUAAAAAGAAGAAAGGAUCUACAUACUAUAGCUCUGUUCAGGCCUCCUGCAUAGAUGUUUCUCGCGGGCGAAAACAAACAACCCAAAGCGGCCAGUGUCAUCCAAGAUACAAAGGAAAACAUUGUGAAACACCUACCAGAGGCUUAUAUUACAAUCAGCCUGGUCAUUCCUGUAAGGACAUCCGAGACUCAGGUUUCUUUAAAAAAGACGGGGAGUACUGGAUCGACCCUGAGAAGAACGGAAAGCCACUAAAGGUCUACUGUGACAUGACAACUGACGGAGGAGGUUGGCUUCUUGUUUCCAACGUUGUGGUAGACGACCCGUCCUCGCGACAGCUUUCGAUUGAGUCUUCUUACCGUGAAAUCAGCAACUGUCACGACAACAAGACGCUGUUCAUCACGAAGGAUGCCAUGAAAGAACUGAGAACACACUUGUCCUUCACUCAGCUGAGAUUUCAUUGCAGUAAACAAAAAGGACGUACAAUCCACGUGACUACCGCUGCUAACAGCUCUGGUGAAGCUGUAGUCCAGUAUUUCAGCGGUCAGACGGAUUCCCGCCCCUUAAGCUGUGGCUCGUUUAAUAGAAUGGAAAAUGAUAACUCCAGAGCAACUGCAAGUUGUCAUCAAUGGCACGAUAUGAAGUGGGGAUUCCUCUAUAACACACGGGAAAGGUUAAACGAUCCUCUUUUAUUUGUACCAGGACAUUAUCACUGGGUUUUGACAAAUGGGAAUCAAAGAUGGGAGUGCGACGACUACCUGGAGUCUGGUUCAGAAUUUUUUGCGCUGUCAUCUGAUGAUUUUUGGAAAGUCUUUGUUCGCUGA